AUGUCCAGCCGCUCGCCCUCGCCUCCAGGGCCAGCGACUCCGGAAAGUGCUGACUGCCUUGACCCUGCGGCUGCGAUUGAGGACAUCGGCCAGUGGUACGCGAACGUCACUCAGGACGACGCUCAGGCCCAGGGCCAGUUCUGGCAUCAUCCUCCGCCCAAGCAGCAGGAACACGACCUCACUAUGCUCUCCUUGCACGACCUUAUCCAAGAGCAUGCAUACGAUAAUGACUCCUCGUCUUCCCCUUCCUCCUCUGCCGCACCAUCCCAGCACAUCUCCCCCAAACCCUCGAACACGAUGUCACCAGAGCCUCCGUCUACCAACGGUAGUGCUGCGACGGUGACGUCGAACACCACCCGCAAGAGGACCGCUUCGCCGGCACGGAAGCGAGCCUCGUCCGCGAACGAGCCUCCCGUCGUUUCGCCCCCGCGCCAUCAGUGUACAGGAUUGCAACUUCUUACGCCCAACUUGCCCGACUCGGGCGCAAAGUCGCGCGUCGAAACGCAGAUCCGCGUCACCCUCGACCUCGCACAACCGACCGCGCCAUUCGCCCGCGUCGGCUCGUGGAAAUGGCUGCGUCUCCCCAGUGGGACCGCGACCAAGAAACGCACACGCAAAGAAGGCAAGAUCGACCCCCAGCCCGAGGACAUCCUCCAGCUCUCAUGCGACGUCACUUGCGCGAGCGCUCCCCAUGCCCGCGUCGUUUGCUGUUCGUCGUGUCAGAAUCGCGAGUCUAAGCGCGUUGCCCGGAAGAUUGCCCAACGCGUUCGUCCUCAGCCGGCAGAGACUUCCGCACCCGACGCGGCGAACUCUCCCUUCGGGAUCGUGCAGUUUAACUGCGCCGAGGUUCUCGACUUCGCGACGGGCUCUGCCGUCUUACCUCUGCGCAUUACAUGUUAUUGCCGGCACCACCGCGAGCGCCGCGGGUUCAUCGUCCGCUUCCGCGUAACGGACAUCAAUGGUCGUAUCGUUGGGGAAGGAGCGAGUCCACCGAUCAUGAUCACGGACGAUCAUAAGAGCACCGGUGUGAAGAAGGAUGCCGCUGGGGAAGAUGAGGAGCCAGUCACUGCACCUACUGGGGGAAAGAGGAAGGCGCCUUCGUCUGAUGCUGGUCGGGCGAAGCGGGUGAAGAGCGAGACCCUGAGUACGCCGGGCGACACGCGUCCCGCGACGCCCGCUUCUUCAGCCGCGUUCACCCCGGUGACAUCAACGAGCCCAGCCUCGAGCUUUGCACACAUGCAGAACUUCGCUGCAAUGCUACCGCCCGCUCCGCUCACGCCGCCGGCCAGUGCGAGUGAGGGGAGCACGUACAACUUCGGCGCAUCACCCGGUGGAGGUUCGGAUGCAGGAGGCCUUGGUGCACUGGAUGUGGACGCCAUGUCCCUCGAGCUUGACCUGGCGAGCGCGUUCCCAGACGUAUCGUCCUUCGUGCCGACUCCGUCAACGAGCUCCUUCAGUCAAUCAACGGCAGCACCGGUCCAGCAACCCCAACCACAAACGGGCUUCCCGAUGCCAUACCUCUUCUUCAACACGGGAAUGCAACCCCAACAAGCCGCCCCGGUGCCGCUUCCCAGGAUCCACCGGCUCAUCCCGGCUCAAGGUCCUAUAACUGGUGGCGUUGAGGUUACAUGUCUGGGUCAGAACUUCGCGGAGGGUGUUCAGCUUGAAGUCGUGUUUGAUGGCGUUGCGUCUUCGUGCACGACCCGAUGGAGCGAGAAUACGCUCGUUUGUGUGUUGCCGCCGAGAGUCGCGAGCGGCGUUGUGCCCGUUUGGGUCAAAGGCUUCGAGUCUGCGCAUGAUGGUGCUGUCCAGCCUGAGGUGCUGUUUACGUACACAGAUGAAAGUGACCGCCAAUUGAUGGAACUCGCAUUGCAAGUUGUCGGCCUCAAGAUGACGGGCAAGAUCGAAGACGCGAAGAGCGUUGCGAUGCGUAUCAUCGAGCCCGGCUCAGGUGCCGGUGGCGCCACCUCUGGCGGUACAUAUGGCGCCGGCGCAAAGGAUGUGGAGACGCUUGUGCUCGAUACUCUCGCGUUCCUCGACACUCCCGCCGCAUCUUCCUCGGGUAUACCUGUCCAUCAAGCGUUGGCCCACGCAACAGGCGCCAGACAGAGUCUUCUUCAUCUGGCGGCCUUCGCCAACCUGCCUACGCUCGUGCGUGCUCUCGCACAACGGGGUGCAGAUAUCGACUCCCGCGAUGCGAAUGGGUGCACUCCUUUACACCUCGCUGCUCGUGCUGGCGCCCGGUUAUGCGCGGCGGCCUUGCUUACCGCUGGUGCCGAUGCGGAGAUUGUCGAUGCGUGGGGCAAGACGGCGGCCGAAGUUGCAGACUUCGACCUUGCAGCCGCUGUCGAGGUGCCUAUCGAUACUGUACAGGCCGCCGAAGAGGAGGAUGCAAGGGACGAUGAGAGCCAUUGGGGUGACGCGGAAGAGGAUAGCGCCGACGAGCAUGCGCUCGUACCACGCCGGCGCAGGCGCGGACGGCGCUCGACCACCGAGCCACCGCCCGUUCUGUCUUCUUCAGAAGAGGAACGCACUCCUCUGCCGCGGUCGGAGAAGAAGGACAAGGACGAGAAGAGCGAUCACAAAGACAACAGUGAAAAGGUCAACGCGAAGCAGGCCGCGACGCUCCUUGAAGCUCUCCAACGCCGUCUCGUCCCGCAAUGGGCGACUCAGCUGCCGAUGAUCCCGAUGCAGCUGCCUAUGCCACUCGUGUUCCCUGCGUUCUUACAACAACCCGACGCGAACAUGAUGUACAUGCGUGGUGUGCCCGCGAACGUUCGCGCGCUCUUGACACCGCAGGAGUGGAGGGCUGCGUUGGAGAAGUGGGUUCUCGCUACGAGGAGCGUCGAGGCGGAUGAGCCGCCACCGGUGUAUACGCCGCGGGCUGAUGGAGAAGUUGUUGCAACGGACGAGAAGGGCAAGGCUCCUGCUCUCGCUGCACCCGCGCCCGCACCUGUCGCUGUGGUCGAGGAGGUCAUCGAGGAGGUCGAAGUCGAGCUGGAUGAGAAGCCGGAGACUAGCGCCCGUGCUGCACGUCGCGCAAAGGCUCAGAAGGCCAAGUACGAUGAGUGUGUCGACGCGAGUGAGGUCGCCGCGUACGGCUAUCGCCCAGCUGCUAGGCCUGGAACACAGAAGGAGGACCGGAUGUUGCUACUCUUCUGGAUCCCUAUCCUCAUCAUUGCGCUUGUUUGGGCCUGCGUGCACGCUACGAGGCUCGCCGCGAACGGGGUUAGGACCGCAGCGCCGCUCAGGGCGUUCUUGCGCAUGUAA